ACCGGACCGGGGUGAUGCAACGCACCGGCCACAGCUGUAACCUCCCUCAGAGAGAAAGAGAGAAAGAGAGUAGAAAAACGAUAAGGAGAAGAAGCAGCCUGGUUAGAGUUUCAGCUCAUUCACACACAGGGUUUCAGAAUGAUGCUUCAGCAUCCUGGUCUGGGUCUGGGUCUGGGUCCUUCAGAGAUCAGUGCCACGACCCUGAUGCCUUGUCUGUCCCCACCCGGCUCUCUCACACUUGACGAUUUCACUCAUUUCAGCCCUCUCGUCAAGGAGGAGUUGCGCUAUGCCAUCCAGAACCGACGCCUGUCUGGAGGAAUGAGUACGGCUGGGACGAGCUGCUCCGGGUCCGGCUCGGAGAGAUACCCUGAGCCGCUGGGUGCGAAGAGUGAGUUCACAGCGGAGGAGCUAAAUCGCAGGAAAAGACGACGGGAAAGAAACAAAAUUGCUGCUGCGAAGUGUAGGAACAAGAAGAAGGAGAAAACGGACGGUUUACAAAAGGAGUCAGAGAAGCUGGAGUCCUUAAAUGCUGAGCUGAAGGCGCAGAUUGAGGAGCUAAAAAACCAGAAGCAGCAGCUAGUCUACAUGCUGAACCUGCACCGGCCAACCUGCAUCGUCCGCGCACACAAUGGACAAACUCCUGAAGAUGAGAGGAAUCUGUUCAUCCAACAGAUCAAAGAGACCACGCUGCAGUGUAUGAACUUUACCACGACCACAUCGACAAACCCAUCCGUACUUACCACAUGUGAACAGAUUUAAAGCACAAAGACUUUUUUUUUUUAGAAGAUGUUGCCAAGGAGUACUGAACGGACUCGCUCGAUAAAGUAGUACACUGUAACGGACUGAGGACAUGAGCAAGCAAUAUGUAUGAGCACUAACCUCAGAGGUCAUUUUGUUUUUGUUGUAUUUAAAUGUUGUUUGAAAUGCUGUAACAAUGUUGUUUUUGUACUGUAUGUGCACCAAAGCUACGUGUGACUCAAGUCACUAAUGGUAUCUAGCACUAAAAAUGAAAAAAGGUGGAUCACUGUGGCAUAAAAAAUAUGUAUGAAGCUCGAUGUAUGUCCAUAGCUUCUGCUUAGCGUCUCUAUAAUCUUCAAGCUGCUGCUACGCUCCUAUCUCAGGUCACGAAGGACAUAGUGUGGAAAUGCAGAUGGAGAAAAAGAACAAGGAAAUGGAAUGAAAGAUUGUGGACAUUACUGUUAUCUAUCAGUAGCUGCUUGAGGAUUCAAACAAACAGAAAUCGUGUCCUGUUAAACCCUCCAUGAUAAAGUUUGUUCCUUGUUCAUCUCAGAAUUGUGUUUUGAUACAACAUCUGUGUGUUAAAGUGUUCUACUGUGGGUAUUUUUGUACAACCUUCAUUUAAUCUACAUGCACAAUCUGGUCACUUUAAAAUAGCUUUUGUAUAGUUGUGGUGCAUUAUAGCCGAGUGCUCCUGCGUCAUGGUGAAACACUGAACUACCUUUGUUUAUUUUACUUUCCCUUAUAACUAGUGUUUUUUUUUUGUUGUUGUUGUUUUUAAGUUGGACAAAAGAUGCAGGCGUCAAAAGAUUGUCCUAUUUUAUUAUUGUUGUCAUUGUUAUUAUUAAUAUUAAUAUAUUUUUUUAGAUUUCCAAGUUUUGAAAUUAAGCUAUGUAUGUUUCUCUGCCACGUAGGCCAUGUCUGAUCCCUUUCAAGCUGUUCACGUGCACUUCUCACAUUAAACCUGGUUGUUGAAUGGUAUUUAAACGUCAACAUCCCGUAUUAAUUAAUGUGGGCUGUAUUUAUGUUUUGUCACAUCAUUAAAAUACCUCUGUACACAUA